GUCAAUGCUACGCUUCGACUAUUUUCUCACCCCAGCACCCAUCGCCUCAUUGGUGUGUCCAUGUCUGCAAACUUCUAACCCUGCCACAUUGCACCUCUCGGCAUUCAUUCCUCGUGCAGCCCAGAAAUGGAGUCAUGCUGCCAUCCGAUACUGUGAAACAGGACAAGGCUGCCCUGCCCUAUACCAUGAAACCCGCCCGCAGUGCUAACAUCUCUUCGUUCCCGUAACUCAGCACUGGCGGACAUGUCAGUACCCUCACCUGAUCCAUGACCUCCAAUGCUGCUUCCCCUCAGAGCGCCAGUCUCAAGCGAGCCUACCAGCCAGACGAAAAGUCCUCUCACUCUCAGCAUGACAACCAUCACCCCUCUGCCUCCCCUCCACAUACAUCCGCCUCAGCCACUGCUGCCUUCCGCAAUGUCUCGGCAUGCAACCGCUGUCGCAUUCGCAAGAACCGCUGCGACCAGCGCCUGCCUGCCUGUUCGACCUGUGAGAAGGCCAGCGUGCGAUGUGUAGGCUACGAUCCCAUUACCAAGCGAGAAAUCCCUCGCAGUUAUGUAUACUACCUCGAGACGCGUCUGACGUAUUUCGAAUCACUCCUCAAGGCCAACAACAUCUCGUAUGGCACAAGUGAUGUCUACGGUCCCGAGUCGAAGGAACUGGGUGAUGCUGCUCAAUCGCCUGCCAGCACCAAGGAGUCGUGGGGAGGCCCGUUAUCUCCGAACAACGACUCCCCGCGUAACCUGCGGCCUGAAGAAAGAGACCAGAAGCAAGAAGACGCCGAUAAGCUCAAUAAGCUCGUCUCAAACAUCGGUAUGGUCUCUGUACAAGGCGCGUCAGAUGCGAGAUACCUGGGUUCCACCUCGGGGAUAUCGUUCGCACGCGUAGUACUGGCCGCGGUCAAGAGUUCCGUCUCGACGAACAACUCUGAACGAGCAGGCAUCCGUCCCAGCCGGCCCAUGCCAAAUGUCGCCACUGCUGGAGGAAGCUCCAUGCGAGAUUCUUACUUUGGUCUACAAACUAAGCCAACAAUCAAGGAAGCGCCGUUCCCCGAUCGACAGCUUGGCGUGAAGCUGGUCGACCUAUAUUUUGAGCAUGCCAACCCUCAAAUCCCAAUUCUUCACCGGCCAGAAUUUAUGGAGUUGUUCGACCGCACGUAUUCCAUUGAACCAUCAAAGCGAAGCAGUCGUGAGUUGUAUCUGCUUAAUAUCGUUUUUGCCAUUGGCGCGGGUAUCAUAUGGGGAUCCUCAGACCCUCAGCCCAACGCCCAGGGCCAGAAUGAAUAUGCCUCGAAGCGCCCCCGACUUGCAAGUCAGCAGGCUCAGCCAGAAGAAUAUCAUGCUUCUGCCAUUGUGAAUCUUGGCGCCUACCUCAGUGCAAACUCAUCCGGCGAGGCGGCCGAACGGAGCAAUGGCGACCUGGAAGAACUGCAAGCUGUCCUUUUGUUAUGCAGCUUUGCACUUCUCCGGCCUGUCGCCCCUGGUCUGUGGUACAUUGUCGGAGUAGCCAUGAGGUUGGCUGUUGACCUCGGUCUUCACUACGAGGACGGCUCUGGCAUAGAUGCCGUUCCUGAGAUUCGUGAACCUGCUAGUAAUGGUACAGAUGCCCAAUCAGCAAAAACCGUGAAUGCGCAAGAGAGAGGGCGACGUGAAUGGGUCCGCGAUUUCCGAAGGAGGCUCUGGUGGUGUACCUAUACCUUUGAUCGUCUUGUAAGCACCUGUGUUGGACGACCAUUCGGCAUCACCGAUCAAGUUGUCACCACUGAAUUCCCCUCUCUACUGGAAGACAAGUAUAUUACUAGAGCCGGCUUCGUCAAACCAAAUGGGGCCUCCCUGGAACCGACUUAUAAAUGCGUCUCACACCAUUACUUUCGCCUUCGACUUCUACAAUCGGAGAUUCUCCAAGUUCUACAGCAUCAGCAGGCUCAACAAGCACGCCUUCAUGGGACCAAUCGCAACAAUCAAUUUAUGCAUACAAAAUUACCGUCGCCUUUUAUGAGCAAAUUUGACUCAUUCCGCGAAUGGCGUAGGGAUAUUGAUCAACGUUUAUAUGAUUGGAAGCAGUCUGCACCUGACCCCUCAGAGACCGGAGUCGCAUUUUCCGUUCAGUUUCUGGAGCUUAAUUACUGGCAAGCCGUCAUCAUUUUGUAUCGCCAAAGUCUCAGUGUCCCACCACCUCUCGCCGGUGAAUUGAGCCCCACUGACGAAGUUUCGAGUCCUUCGAGUGUGAGGAUGGAAGAAAAGGAAGAUGAAGAUCUUGUUUUCCUCAAAUGCGCUGAAGCCGGACAGAAAACGCUCAAAUUGUAUCGACAGUUACAUCGAUUGAGGUUGGUCAACUACACCUAUCUUGCGACUCAUCAUUUGUUCAUGGCUGGCAUUUCAUUUUUAUACGCUGUCUGGCAUUCGCCUGCUGUCAGAGCUCGCCUGACCUUGGAUGACUUUGAUUGGACAGUCAUGUCUGCCACCUCUGUUCUCGGAGAUCUGAUGGAAAAGUGUCCACCGGCUGAAGCAUGUCGUGAUGCAUUGGAGCGGAUGAGUAAAGCUACCGUCCAAAUGUGCAUGUCAACCCCUGGAUUCGGGUUCUCGGCCGAGCGUGAAGACCCUCGACAGUCAUUGUCAAGACAGACAAGCGUGCAGAGCUCACAUGUGGCGACAUCAAGCCUACCAGCAAACCAUGCGAAGGUGGACACAUAUCAUCCAUUGGCGCCAAAACCUGUCGCAAAACGACCGCCCCCCAAGUUCGACAUGGAUUUGCGGGAGCUAUUCCCAGAGGAUAUGGAGCCAAGUACUCGUCCUUCUUAUUCCUUCCCUCAACCAUUGGGCAACCUGCAACGGACUCAACCACAGCAAACUGGGUUUAUGCUUCCUCUCACACAGCAGCCACAGACAUCACCUAUAGUACCUCAUCCGUCCCCCGCAUCAAGCAUCAACUCUCAGGCUAACACAGGAAUGGGUCUGGGUCCACAGCAACAGCAGAACCAAGCGAAUAGUGGCAGUUACCUCUUUCCACAACAGCAACGACAACAACAGCCAUUUUAUAUGCAGAACACGUACAAUCCUGAUUUCAUGUCAUCACUUCCUGGAAUGGAUUUUUUGAACGACGCCGUGGGGACUGGUGGAGACGAUUUCAACUUUGACGCGAGCGGACUGGAUCUAGGCUUUGGCAUGGGAUUAGACCUUCAACACGAUUGGUCGGAUGGACAACAGUUUGAUUUGUUUGAUGGAUUCUUCUUUGGCAAUAACGGCGGAGUUGGUGGGAGCGGAGGUGCCACAGGGGGCGGAAAGGCAGAUGGGUCAUGGCCGGACGACAUGGCAACAGAUCAAUAAUGAGAUGGAGAAGGGUUACGUUGGUUACGAUGGACGACCUUGCACAGAGAUGGACAAAGUCGACCCAGAAUUUGGCGCCAGAUCAGAUCAUGCCUCCUGAAAGCCAGAGUGUCUCUCAGCGCCCGGCUUCAGCUCGACGAUAAUGCCUUGGCGACCUUUCACCUCAGGCAGGGAACUACAGACAGAUGACAGUGGAUGGCAUGAUGGAGAUUUGAUGACCACAAUACAUUCGAUCGAAAGUGUUCAAGUAGACACCAUGCCAUGAUCACCACUCAGUCGAGUACUUUAGUUGGGAUGGAGUUGAUGUGGAAUGACAGUGACGAGAACAGUCAUGAUGAAUGGUGUACAUUGGUAUCCAAAUUCUUUGGCGAGCACCAAGCAUUGAAGAUUGGCUUAGUUUUCUACUUAGUACAGUUGGUCAACAUUAUCAAUGUCUUUAUCAUUAUCAGCUCAUUAAUACCAAAAACCCUUGGAUUUCA